AUGGAUGGUGAAAAGCGAAAGCGGGAUGCCGGGGGCGGAGUAGGGGGGAAGAAAGCGAAAGUGGAGGGAGAUCAUCGGGAGAUGGUAACGGAGGAGGAGGUGGAGGAGUUCUUUGCCAUACUGAGGAGGAUACACGUGGCAGCCAAGCACUUGGGCAAAACCGACGACGGAUUGACGGCGUCAAUGAAAUGGAGGCCCUCUUUCGAAGUGCAGGAUUUUGAGGAAGAUAACAUUAAUCUUAUAAAAGAUCAAAAGGAUGGAGAGAAAAAAGCGGAGGGGGGUUUCAGUUUGGAUCUCAACUCGCAUCCUGAAACUGAAAGCAUCAGUUGA